ACACGGUUAACACAGUUAAGUUAAAUAUAUAAAUGUUCGCCAAAUAUCUCAGAUCUGCAAGAGGUUAAAUUCCUGACAGGAAGAAUCACUUGGACUAUACCAAAAUACUGACCAAAAGUGCAGAAUAUACCUUUGAAUGUUUUACUGUUAAUUAUGUUCUAGUUAAGAAAUAAAUAGUUCUAACAGAGCAGCUAACUUCUGUGGGAAAGAUCAUAGCCACACUCUAAACAGAAUCUUUACCAGACCACAAUCCUUAAUGGACUUUCCCUUACCCCCUGUCUAUAUCCUACCAUUUGGUCUGGUCCCUCCUCAGUGCUUUAGUUCCACAGAAGAGGUCCCCAGCAGACAGUGCCAAUCAAUAAAGCAUUGUAAAGUUAUGAUAUCUCUGCCUGUGUUCGAGUCCUUAUGCCUGUUGCAGUAACAACCCCUACACUGGUGGAGUGUGUGGAACAGAGGGCCACGUGGGUCGGUGUGACAGAAAGCGAGGGUUACAUUUGGUGCCGUGACUCGGAUUUCAUCGAUUUGCACCGGUGACCAGUGAGGAUUCUCAUAUUCGCCAGCGGUAACUGCAGCUGAUAAACAAAUAAGUGGACUUUGUUCAAAGGUUUGAGAGACUAUUUUACAAGGACUCUGUAAGUGGUAUAGAAAGACAAUAUGUCUGAGCAUCGCACAACACCUCCAGGGCACUUACAAUCAACCCCUGCACCACGGGGAAGAGGUAUUCAAUCACGUGACAAAAUAAGUAAUGUAAAUUUAAGUUUUGGCAUGUCAGCAAUUCAGCCUGAAAGUUCACUGACCAGGUCUGGUUCACCUGCACUAACUGGUCAUGGUGUAGCUGAACUGCAACAUCAGCACGCUGCACAGGUAGGAGGAACAAUACAAAAUAGUGACCCUUAUUGCAGAGGUGCAGCUAGCUACAUGCAGGGUACAUCUGAAAACCCUCAGUUUUUGUCCGAUCUUAUAAAAGAAGUUGGACAACAGAUUAGCCACUCAAUUAUAACAGGGUUAGCAGCCCAAAACACCAGACUUGGUGACACUGCGCCAGUGAGUGACAAGCAAACUGAGGAGUGGGCUAAAUUAAAUUGGAUACUCAAUGCAAAAGUAAAGGAACCCCCUGUAUUUAGGGGAGAUGAAAAUGAUAAAUGUACUGUAUAUGAAUGGGAGGAAAUUAUGCAGUCUUACCUUACUAAAAAGGGUUACCAACUUGCUGAGCAUGGUAAAGAGAUUAUGGAUAGACUUAUGGGUCGUGCAAAAGAACUAGUGAAAAUUGGGGUCAGAAAUAACCCAUCUAUAGAUAUUAAACGUGACCCAAGAGCGAUUUACAGUAUCUUGAAGCAACAUUUUGGGGAAGCCAUAUCCUCCGCAACCCCAUUAGCAGACUUUUAUUCCACACUCCCAAAGCUUGGUGAGAGUAGUCUAGACUACUGGAUUCAUUUAAAUCAAGUCAUUGAUCUUGCCAAUGAGUGUUUAAAAAGGCAAGGGAAAUGUGUGGAAGACCCAGGUCACGAGGUGGCAAUGAUGUUUAUUAGACACUGCCCAGAGCCAGAUUUGCAGUGUGUAUUCAGGUGUAAACCCGCUGAAAAGUGGACUGUGGGUGAGGUUCAAGAAAUGAUGGAUAGUUAUCAUAGAGACAAGAGACUGAGGCCCGAAUGUAAGCCAGUCAAAACCAUAGCUAGCAAGAAGGGGGAGAUCUUAAAUGUAUCAACUGAUUCCCACUUUUCUGAACCUCCAGUAAAAGAGAACCUUCCAUCUUAUAUUAAAGAGGAAGAUAAUACAAAUGUUGAGAGAUUAAUUACAUUGCUAGAGAAGGUAAUCCCAGUUCAAGGGGCCUAUCAGCACCCGGUGCUGCCUGUAACAGCUGGGUUAACCCAUUCAAGGAGGCACAAUACUUGUGAUAUAUGCAAAGAUGGCAAACACUCUACAAAAGCACACUGUAUGAUGAACAAUUUAUGUUUCCUGUGCUGGCAAUCAGGUCAUAAGAGGCAGGAAUGUCCAAAAAGGAAACUGACACAUCAGUUAAACUAGAAAGCCUGCAUGUAGAGGGGUGUAGUGUGGGCACAAAUUCACAAACCCCAAUUUCCCAUGAUGUCCAUGACCUAGAGAAUUGCUAUAGGGAACAUGCUCAAUCCAUAACUGACAAGACAUUGGUAGUAUUUCAACGAACACAAAGGGUCGCACCAUAUGACAACU